GUUUUGCACUGCCUUCUCCUUCCUUGCCCUCGAAGCCAAUUUAGCUGUCUAAUUUGGCACUGCCCAAACCAGAAAACCGAGAGAAUAAUAAUAACAAUGCAAGAACAACAAUCACCGGUCAUUAUCGUCGGGGCCGGCCCCUCAGGGCUGGCCACCGCCGCUUCCCUUAACCUCAACUCAAUCCCUUACAUCAUCCUCGAAAGAGAAGACUGUUUCGCUUCCCUUUGGAAGAAAUAUUCAUACGAUCGUCUCCACCUUCACUUAUACAAGCAAUUCUGCGAGCUUCCCCAUCUCCCGUUCCCCGACUCGUACCCACGGUUCAUCUCCAAAGAACAAUUCAUAAGCUACUUGGACGACUACGUCUCGCGUUUCAAGAUCACCCCUCUGUACCGUCGAUGCGUCGAGUCGGCCGAGUUCGAUGAAGCGACCGAGAAAUGGAUCGUUAAGGCCAGGAACUUGGAUUCUAAUGAAGACGAGGAGUUUAAAGGGAGGUUCUUGGCUGUGGCUAGUGGAGAAGCAAGCAACCCUCAUACGCCCGAGAUCGAAGGGUUGAAAUCGUUCCCCGGUCUCGUUCUUCAUUCGACUCAGUUCAGGAACGGGAAGGCGUUUAGAGACAAGAACGUUUUGGUUGUCGGGUCGGGUAAUUCCGGCAUGGAGAUCGCGUUAGACCUUGCGAAUCACGGCGCCAAAACAUCGAUCGUUGUUCGCAGUCUGGUUCAUAUUCUUUCGAGGGAAAUGGUGUAUUUGGGGUUGAAUCUGUUGAAGUAUGUUCCCGUAAACGUGGUGGACUCAUUGAUGAUCAUGCUUAGCAAACUUGUUUAUGGGGACUUGAGCAAGUAUGGGAUUAUCAGGCCUACGGAGGGUCCAUUUUUCAUGAAAGUUGCCUAUGGCAAAUACCCUGUUUUUGAUGUAGGAACCUAUAGCAAGAUCAAGUCACAGGAGAUUCAGGUGUUGCCAGCUAUAUCGAGUAUAAGAGGCGAUGAGGUGGUGUUUGACAACGGCAAAGCACAUGCAUUCGACACAAUCGUGUUCUGCACUGGCUUCAAGCGCUCCACGCAUUUGUGGCUUAAGGGAGAUGAUUACCUGCUGAACGGCGACGGGAUUCCGAAACCGAGUUUUCCAAACCACUGGAAGGGAAACAACGGAUUGUACUGCGUUGGGUUGUCGAGAAGAGGAUUGUAUGGGGCAAGCUCUGAUGCACAAAACAUAGCCAAUGAUAUCAAGAAGUCCCUUCUCAAAUGAUUCCUUCCUUAUAUGUCGAAUGUUUUCUAUACGUACCAUAGUCCAUUUUGAGGUGAGAUUUGUUCACGGGAAACGUGUCAUGGACCGUGAAACUUUUGAACGACAGAUAACACAUAAAUGAUGGUUUUCAAAUCCA